AUGACGACAACAGUGAAGGUCAGCACUGCUUCAAUGAAAGCGCAGGGGGCUCACCCGAAGCGCGUAGGGGUCACUCGCAAGAAAUGGGGUCUAGAUGAGGAGCUUCUUCUCCUGCGUUUGUUCAAGGUCUAUAAUCGCUCGUGGAGCCAAUACGUGGCCUACUACCCUGGGAGGAAUGCCACAUCAAUCAGGAACAAAUACUACACGCUUACGCGCCGUGGGGAUGCCUAUAAUCGUGCUAUAUAUGGAAAUGUGGCUUUGGACAGUGAGAUUAUUGAUUUUCCCCCGGGGCCGCGGAGCGGCAAAUCCUCUGCUCGCUCUGCACCACACCAGCGUGUACCUAGUUCUAACAUCUUAGACUUAUCUAUUAUUAGCUAUAAGAACGUCUCACCCCGUGAAGAUAUGCUCAACAACACACCCCACUGUCUCACCCCAGACGCAACUGAUGCGUUCUUAGGAAGCGACUACAAUACUAACGGUGGUACACCUGGGACUUUGCCCGGGACGGAUUGCCACGAUGCCCUGUCUUUGGAGCGAUUUUCCUCUUCCUCUGACGAUGGCGUUACAACUCCGUCUCUGCUCACCGAGCCUGACUUCUUGGCAGACAAUUACUCUAAUGAUGGCAAUGUUCAGUCAUAUAACGGUACAAAUCCUCCGGCACGGCAUACGCGCUCCGCCGUCCGGUCUGACAAACUGAUGCUGCCCGACUACCCUCCUCCCGGGCUGCUCCAGGCGGGUCACCAGGGCCCUCUAAACCUUAUGUUUGCACUUCCUUUUCAAACUGUUCCGUACGGGAGCCAUUACCCUCUAAUUACACAUACGUUUCCCGUUCUUUCGCCCAUAUACCAUCCCACCUCACUACCUGGCUUUCAGUGCCCACAUCCCUUUAAGGUAUCGCCCCCAUUUGGCUUUCCAUUCAAUGCAUGA